AUGGCUUUGCUCCUUGUCCAGCGCGCACUUCCCCUUUGGGGUCUUUUCUGCUCCUCCGGGCUUUCUCCCACCUCUCCUCUGCCCUGUACUGCUCUUUCCGCAGUGUUCACGCCUCUGCCCAAUCUUGGACUCCCCUCCAGUCUCCCCUCGCCCAGGUCUACUCCAGGCCACACCUAUGUCCUCCGUCAGGGACGUCUCAACCCUUUGUUUCUGUCACUAGCAGUCCCUACUCCAAAGCAUCUUAAACCAGUUUCAGCUAAGGUGUUCAUGCCAGUGGUGUUCAGGGCCAUAUUUGUGUUUUAA